AUCCAGUCCUCCAGAAAAACUACGAGUGGAAUGUUAUUCUACAGAGUUAUCAGUCAGCUGGGAGAAACCAUCUGAGCUUGGACAUGGAGUGGAGGCCAAGCAAUACAUCUUAGAAUAUGCUGAAACAUCUCUAGAAGUGAACCCUAAAGAGUAUUUAUGGAGCAAACUAACAUUCACAGCCAACGACUCCCAACUAGUCAAAGUCAUCCCAGGGCUGCAGCCUUCAACGCGAUACACUGUCCGGGUCAGAUGUGACUGUGGAGAUGAUGGCCUUGGCAAAGAGGAAUCAGUAGUUGUGUGCACAAAGAAGCUGUCUGAUAAACUGGCUACAUCAAUCAAAGCGUUGAGCGAAAAAAUAGAACCUGGCUCUCCUUCAGUUUUCAAGUUACCCCUGAAGAAUAACAAUGUUGGGAUAGAUGGAUGCAACAUGUACACAUUUGGCAAGGACAGCGAUAAGCCAAAUCGCACUGUCAUGUUUCUGGGGGCAACAGGUUCAGGGAAGUCAACUCUGAUCAAUGGAAUGAUCAACUACAUCCUGGGCAUAGAUUGGAAAGACUCUUUCCGCUUCAAACUAAUCAAUGAGGAUCAGUCAAAGUCACAAGCUGAAAGUCAGACUACCCACGUAAUCACCUACAAAAUCAACCACCAAGAAGGCUUCAAAGUUCCUUAUUCUCUCACCCUUGUUGACACUCCGGGUUUCGGGGACACAAAGGGAAUAGAGAGAGACAAGGCGAUCACAGAGCAGAUCAGGGAGCUCUUCACCUCUGCAAAGGGAGUCGUUGAUAUAGAUGCAAUUUGUUUUGUCACCCAGGCCUCUCAAGUAAGACUAACGGCUACACAGAAGUAUGUGUUCGAUUCGGUGCUGUCCAUCUUUGGUAAAGACGUGGCAGAGAACAUUUGCAUCCUGGUCACAUUUUCAGAUGGUCAGCAGCCUCCUGUUCUUAAGGCGAUCAAUGCAGCCAAAAUUCCAUGUCCUAAAACCAACAAAGACCUUCCGGUGCAUCACAAAUUCAACAACUCUGCACUUUUUGCUGAAAACAAAUCUCUCAGUGACAUAGCUGAUCAAGACUCCAAAUCAUCAAAAUAUCCAAAAGAGAAAAAGAUGGAUGUUAACAACUUUGAUGCAAUGUUUUGGGAAAUGGGGGCCAAAAGCAUGGAAACAUUCUUCACUGCCUUGGAAAAAAUGAACACCAGAAGCCUGCAGUUAACCAAAGAGGUUCUCAAAGAGCGAAAGCAGUUGGAGGUGUCUGUGGAAGGAAUCCAGCCCCAGGUACGGGCGGGGUUGGCGAAACUGGAACAGAUCCGAUCGACCCAACAACAGAUCGAAAAGCACAACGCCGACAUUGCUUGCAAUGAAAACUUUGAAUUUGUAGUUGAAAUCAUUAAGCCUGUCCAAAAAGAGCUUACCAAAGAGGGAGAGUUCAUCACUAACUGUCAGCAGUGUUCAGUGACCUGCCAUUACCCCUGUUUCAUAGCAGAUGAUCUGGAAAAGAGUGACUGUGGUGCCAUGAAGGAUGGGAAAUGCACAGUUUGCCCUGGAAAAUGUGACUGGAACGUACAUUUUAACCAGAAAUACAAGUGGGACUACGUCAAGGAGAAGAAGGUGACGACGGUACAAGAUCUGAAAGAGAAGUAUGAAAAAGCCACUGAGGCGAAGAUCACAGUCCAGCAACUGAUUGAAAUCCAGACAGAGGAGAUUGCCUAUCUGCAGGAUGAGUUAAUAACACUGAUGGACACGUCGUCUGCCUGUUUAGCUCGGCUGAAGGAGAUAGCUCUGCGGCCUGACCCGCUGAGCACGCCAGAGUACAUCAACCUGCUCAUUGAGGGAGAGAAGUCAGAGGCCAAGGAGGGUUACGUGGCACGGAUUCAGUCUCUGGAAAAAAUGAAAGGAAAUGCCCAAAUCAUAGCCAAGGUUUCAAAAGGAGAGCAGCUAACCAGACCAGAGGAAGAAUACGUGGAGGGAAAAAAGCAAAGAGAAAAAAAGGGAUUACGCACCAGGUUUGUUGAAGGACUUGGUAACUGGUGGAAGAGUGUAGUAAAUUGAGAGAUCCUUAAUCUAGACUUCCCCUCCCCGGGUCACAUUGAACAGCUCUGAUGCGGGGUUACGCAACGUUCCCAGGCCAGUUUUGAGCCCAGGGUCCUCCUCAAGGUCUCCUCCCCAAUGGACGUGCCUGGAACCCCUCCCUAGGGAGGCGCGCAGUGGGCAUCUUUACCAGAUGCCCGAACUGGCAUAGGGUUAGGGCUAGCUUUAAAAAAUAAAAAUAACAAAUUAUUUCCACUGGGGAUGGGCAACACAGUUUUUCUUGGAUUAGAAACCAAAACAUUUUAUUUGAAAGCGAUGGCAUUUGUUUUAAAUAGACAUGUGUGAUACUUUGUUUGAAUAUGACAGCUUUUAAAAAUCACAGGUCUUCUGUUUUUAUAGUUUAUAGUAGCAUCCUUCUCAGGUAAUGGCCUUUGUUCGCUUCACCUCCUUGUUUCUGCUGUAACUCAUUAUGUUCAGGUUUGAGGUAUUCGUUUUGCAAGGUUACGCAGGUAACCUUUUCCUUAUAUAUUUUUAACACUUCCAAAAAAAGUAUAAAAAUAAAAAUGUUAUAAUUUUAUGAGUGUGGAUUCUCAAAUCUGUACCACCAUCAGUAUUGAAAGUAUUGGUUUCGAUUCACCCAUCCUUAAUUUCCACAGUAGGUGUUCACAGCAAUUAGUCACUUAUUGACAUCCUUCUUCUUCUGCCUCAUCAACUCAUUUUAUGCGUGUUCUUUGAUAUAAUAACAUGCUGUUGAUGAAAACAUUGUAAUGAAAUUGUGACCAAUAUUUCUUUGGGUGUAUAUGUGAUUAUGAAUAUGUUAGAGGAAAUCAUAACAGAGGCUGGAAAAAUAAUAUUUACAAAAGUAUAAUCAUCACCUGUAUGCCUGCUAUAUGUCAUCUUACUCUUAAAAUAAAAUCGAAAUUUAAACGAAAUUAAAGAUUGAAUAACUUCUGUAUUUACUCAAGCCUGUUUUUCUUUUUUUUAUUAAUUCAAGUUGGUUGUGUUGUAAAAUAUUGAAAGAUAAGUCUCCUAAAUUGGAUCUGUAAAGCGUUGAACUCCUGAAAUCUUUACCGAUCCAGGGGACCGCUAGUAAGUUUAAACUUGUUCAUGAAAUCACCAGCAGGGGGUGACAAACUGUUUAUUUUGCUAAAUGAAUUAUGUUGCCGCCGACAUACUCUACAAUCUGCCUUCACCUCAGCAGCAGGGGCGCCGUUUCCCAUUUUAAUUGAAAACACACUUAAUGGAUUGU